UUUUGAUGCGGAGAGUACGUCACAAACGUAUGAGUGAUUUCAUUGUUUUUACGAUAUCAAACUUUACUCCAAAUAUUAUUUUUUCUAUUACGCUUUUAUGCUUGUUUACGUUCAUUCGAUGAUUCAACGUACGAAGUGUAUGAGAGCGUGACGACGCCUCUACAACAGAAUAUGUUCGAAAAUAAAUGUUACUUACUCGAUUUACGUUACCGUUAAAUCCCUUUUUAUAUCAUUUGAAUCUCCAUGGACUUAGGAAUUCGUCGAAAGAAUUCAGAAAAAGGCUUUGAUACGGAUGAUGAUUCUGAGUAUGCAAUGAUAAAACGUAUCAAAAUGGAACCAGAAGCAAUAUUGUCCCAGGACGAUGAUAUAAUGGCACAAUUUCAACAGGAUAAUUCCGAUUUGGAAGUUGAACCAAGUUUUUCUUUAGAAGGUAGUAAUAAUAGCGACGAUUGUAACGAUGGAAUUCUUAUGCAACACAUGGAUAUUAGAGAACCUUUGUCCACGCUACGAAAUCUUUUGGAGCAGAGAUUGGGCGUCGAACUUACCGAUUAUUCAUUUUGGUUGCAAGAUGCACAAAUGCUUGAGUGUCACAAAAAUUUAGUCGAUCAAUGCGUGCAAGGCGAAGGUCUUGUUCAAGUUAACGUUCAAAUAAAAGCUUUACAAAAACGUAUUAACAUAGUAGAUGUUCUAAAACCUGCGGAAGACUACAUUGAACUCGCAGAAAAUAAUUCAAUAACAUCCUUUAACGAAGAAAAUAAGCAAAAUGUGAUACGAUGGAUGGUAGAUGCGCAGUAUAAGAAAGAACAGGAACGCCUGAAGAUACCAGCCGAUCCUAAAGAUUGGUCACAAACACACGUGAAACAUUGGCUUCAAUGGGCCGUUAGACAAUUCAAUCUAGUUUCCUUACGUUUAGCCGAUUGGAAUAUAACCGGUGCACAAUUGUGCAAUCUCACCCUUGAAGAAUUUCAGAGUAAGGUUCCUCUUGAUCCCGGUGAUGUAUUCUGGACACACUUGGAACUACUACGAAAAUGUAAAUUCGUCGCUGUCGUACAAAAAGAUGUCCCAACGUCGGUCAGUGAAAAUACUACGAAUAAAACUAUGAAAGUACGUAAUCAAAAGAGUCCUAAAACACGGCCAGUUGUUAAUCAACAAACACGAGUAGUCAGUGUUCCAUUGGAGAACAUUGAUUCGACACCAAUAACAAUAGCGACGUCGAGUCGUUCGGUAAAUAGCGGACAAAUACAAUUGUGGCAAUUUUUAUUGGAAUUAUUGACGGAUCGUGAACACAGAGGUGCUAUACAAUGGGUAGGAACCGAAGGAGAAUUUAAAUUGACUCAACCAGAAGCUGUUGCACAAUUAUGGGGCGCGCGUAAAAAUAAACCAUCGAUGAAUUAUGAAAAAUUAAGUCGAGCACUUCGUUAUUAUUACGACGGUGAUAUGAUAUCGAAGGUACACGGGAAGAGAUUCGUUUACAAGUUUGUUUGCGACUUGAAACAAUUGUUAGGCUAUUCAGCCGCUGAGUUAAGUAAAUUAGUUGAAGAAGGUAGACGUUAUUUUUGAUGAGAUUUAAAAAUUAUACCUUCUCUCGUUUUAUUUCCUUUCUUUUUUUUUUUUUCUUUUCCUUCCUUUUUUCUUUCUUAUAUGACAAAAAUAAGGUAUUUUAAAUGAUUACAUUUUUAUAUUUUGAAGAGAUACCUUUAUCUAACAUAACAUAAUCUCAUUAAUUUAUAGAGAAAGUAUAUAUAUACAUAUAUGUAUGUAUGUAUGUGUAUAUAUAUAUACACAAAAUAACAUAUACUUGGGUUUCUUAGAAUAAUCUUAACAUUUCCUUCUUUCUUUAACUUUUCUUUUUUGUCCACCUUUUUAAAAUAUCUUAAGGAUUUAAACAGUUUAAGAAAUAAUAUAUAUGAGUAUAAUAAUAUGGACGAAAAGACAACGAAAGGGUUUAAUGAUGUACAAUGGUAUCGAGAUUCUCUAUGCCUAAUUUAUAUUAUUAUUAUUAUUAUUAUCAUUAUUAUUAUUAUUGUUAUUAUCAUUAUUAUUAUUAUUAUUAUCAUUAUUAUUACGUAAUAUAAAAAAUUAUUAUUGACUCACGAUAUAUAUAUAUACACACACGAUAUAUAUGUACAUAUAUAUAUAUAUAUAUAUAUAUAUAUAUGUAUAUGUAUAUAUAUGUAUAUAUAUGAUGUAUUUUGAUAAUCUGCAAAGUAUAAAAUUGAUUGUUGAAAAAUAAAGUUAUAGUUACACUUGUAUCGAUACAUUUUCUUGCUGUGUUAUAAUGUUAUUAUAUCUUAAUAAUCGCGAAACCAUAUACAUGUGUAUAUAUGUAUAUAUAUAUGUAUAUAUAUAUAUAUAUAUAUGUAUAUAAUAUUCUAUAUAUAAUAUAUAGAAUGACAUUCUCUUCUUCGCAGUUUUCGUUUCAUGUGUAACACAUCGCCGUGUCAAUAUGAUACUUCUAUGUGCAUCGAUACGAUACGUAGAAGCUAUUUCAUUAAUUUAAUGCGUCGCACUACACAACAUUCACAGGGAAUCCAUUGGCUAAACGUUAAACGUCGAACGGUACAAUUACAUGAUUUAAAAAAAAAAAAAAAAAAAAACAAACAAAAA